CCCGUUCUUGUGUCUCUGCCUCGCGGGCGGGGCGGGAACCAGAAGUGGGAGGGUUUGGGGCCGUCUCGUGAGAGAGGGCUCGGUUGGUCUCUCUGCGCGACGGUGAGGGGGGCCGAGCCGGCGGGACCUGGGCGAGACAAUGGCGGCGCGAAGGGCCUCCUCUCCUAGCCGGAGGCGGCCACGGGUCCCCCGCGCAAGUUUGGGUUGUUGGGCGAGUUCUGCGACGACCACCAUGACGGCGGCGGCGGCGGGGCUGCUCUUUUUUCUCCUCUUCCCUGAGGCGACAAAGGCCUUACAGUGUUAUUGCCUUCUCUGUACAAAAGAUAACUUUACAUGCACGACGGAUGGGCUCUGCAUUACUUCAGUAACACGCAAUGGAGAUAAAAUCAUACGUAAUAGCAUGUGCAUAGCAGAAAUUGAUCUGAUUCCAAGAGACAGGCCUUUUAUUUGUGCCCUCUCAACAAAUGAAGGAGUUACCACUAUGCCUCAUUGCUGUGAUAAAGACUUCUGCAAUAAAAUAGAUCUUCCAAUUCCAACACCAGGUCCUGUACCAGGAAAGCCUCCAUCUGCUUUAGGACCAGUGGAAUUGGCAGCUGUCAUUGCUGGGCCUGUUUGCUUUGUUUGCAUUUCACUUAUGCUGGUUCUAUAUAUCUGCCACAAUCGUACAGUCAUACACCAUCGUGUUCCAAGUGAAGAAGAUCCUUCAAUGGAUCGUCCCUUUAUAUCUGAGGGAACUACACUGAAAGAUUUAAUUUAUGAUAUGACUACUUCAGGAUCUGGAUCAGGUUUACCAUUACUCGUUCAAAGGACAAUUGCAAGAACAAUUGUACUACAAGAAAGUAUUGGAAAAGGUCGUUUUGGAGAAGUCUGGAGAGGAAAAUGGAGAGGAGAAGAAGUUGCAGUGAAAAUUUUUUCAUCAAGAGAAGAGCGUUCAUGGUUUCGUGAAGCAGAAAUCUAUCAGACUGUUAUGUUACGUCAUGAAAAUAUACUUGGGUUUAUAGCUGCAGACAACAAAGACAAUGGGACAUGGACACAGCUUUGGCUAGUUUCAGAUUAUCAUGAGCAUGGCUCUCUGUUUGACUACCUAAACAGAUAUACAGUUACUGUAGAAGGAAUGAUAAAACUAGCAUUAUCUACUGCCAGUGGACUUGCACAUCUUCACAUGGAGAUUGUUGGCACUCAAGGGAAGCCAGCUAUAGCUCACAGAGAUUUGAAAUCAAAGAACAUACUGGUAAAAAAGAAUGGAACAUGCUGUAUUGCCGACUUAGGUCUUGCAGUAAGACACGAUUCAGCUACAGACACAAUAGAUAUUGCACCCAACCACAGAGUGGGAACAAAAAGGUACAUGGCUCCUGAAGUACUUGAUGAUUCCAUAAACAUGAAACAUUUUGAAUCUUUCAAAAGAGCAGAUAUAUAUGCAAUGGGAUUAGUAUUCUGGGAAAUAGCUCGCCGAUGUUCAAUUGGUGGAAUUCAUGAAGAUUACCAAUUACCUUACUAUGAUCUAGUCCCUUCUGAUCCUUCAGUUGAAGAAAUGAGGAAAGUUGUUUGUGAACAGAAACUUCGACCCAAUAUUCCCAACAGAUGGCAGAGCUGUGAGGCAUUGCGAGUAAUGGCCAAGAUUAUGCGAGAAUGUUGGUAUGCUAAUGGUGCAGCAAGGCUAACAGCUUUACGCAUAAAGAAAACGCUAUCCCAGCUCAGUCAGCAAGAAGGCAUAAAAAUGUAGUCAUGGAGAUUAUUCAUUCAGAAGGAAACUUUUAAAGAUCUACAACUGCACCUCUUUUCUGCAUUGGGAAGGCUAAUGGUUCUACCUCACAGAGGGAACAGAAAGAUCCUGCUGCCUUUUACACAUGAUAGGAAGACUGCUAUUAGCCUAGGACCUGUACAGAUUCAUUAAACGGUUGUACAGAUUCAUACUGCGCACUAUGAAGAUGUCUUUCCUGGGGCUUAGUAAACUAUAGCUCUGUUUUUUAAGGGUUGACACUGGCCUUAUUGUGUUGAGAACAGAAGAUCAUGCUUAAGAUGAUAUGCUGGUGCACACCAUUCAUUGCGUUGAAGGAUGACUUCAGAGUUUUUGCUUUGCUCAUGAUGGUACGCUGUAUAUUCUGAACCACUCUUGGCUUUUCCCAUCAGAUUCUAUAGGGUUGUUUUGCUACCAAGAAAUUACUAUUGGACACUUUUUUUCAGGAUUUACUGACAUGACCUCAUCCAGCCUGGAGGAACAUAUACAACAUAUGCAACUAUAUUUUGUAAUAUGUUUUUGUUCUUUUGCCUCACUACAUUACUUGCCUUCAAUACUCAUUGUACUGUACCAGUUAGUGCCACUUUUGAAUCUUAAUGCAAUUCAUCAGGAACAUGCAAUGUCUUUGGUGCUUGUAGAAAGGUGUUAAAUGCUAUGAUUCUUAACUAAAAAGGAAUUUCAUACUUGCACAUGGAAUUCCUUUCUUUUUACCAAAAACCUCUAACUCUGUAGUCUGUAGGAUUUGAACUAUACAGAUUAAUUUAGUGCUGUUAUCACAGUGAUAUUCUAUGCUACACCGCACUGUGAUACCAGAAAUGGUACUUAACUAUAAAUUACUCUUAUAAAGAGUAUUCCAAGGUUCUUAAUUAAAUUUGAUCUAAGAACUAAUCUGUAAAAGUAACAUAGCUCUCUAAUGUCAUCGUGGGUGGGUGGGGUGGUUAGUUUUCUACAUAGAAUUUUUUUGCUAAAAUAUCAGCUAUGUCUCCUUUUCUUCAAGGGUGACUCGUACAUAAAAAGAAAUAGCAACAACCCUGUUGAUGUUUGUGUAAAGUUUUCAUAACUUAUUCUGGCUAAUUGUAUUGACAAAGUGCAUCUUAGUGUUGUGCCUAGUCACAUUGCACAAUCAAGAUGUAUUACAGCCCCUCGCCUGUUAGCAGCUGCAAAUUAUGAAUCUUCCACAAAAAUCAUUAAGAUUCUAGCCAAUUUAUUUAGAUUAGUCUGACAAGAUUACACCCUAUGUGCAAAAUGAGUUUUCCUAGGAUUUGGAAUUCUUAUCUCUACUGUGUCAGAAUACACUUAUUUUAAUAGUUGUUAGUACAGUGGACUCUGACCAUAGAGGGGCACUGUAUGCUGCUAGCAUUGGUCUAGCAUUGGUCUCACAGCCAAUUUAAGAUGCAGCAGUAUUUGCACAGGUCUAAAAUCAAUCAAAGCCUCUGUUAUAAGACAACUGGAAAUUAGCAGACUGCUUGUUUUGGGUAUUUUGGGAUAUCUGGUAUAUGUUAACAGUAAAAUGUUAAUGUCAACUACUGAAAUAUCCCAUGUUAUAACACCUUGUUUUAUACAUUGAACAGUGAAAAACAGUUAUACUGUUUAUGCUUUAAGGCAUAUCUUAUUGCUUGCAAAUCUUGGGUCACUAUAAAGCAAUUACAUUUAUGAAGCAAAUUUUUAAAAAAAUAGUCUUAAAAGUGGUUUAAAUUUUUAUAAAGGAUAGAUGGCAAGCUAAAAUGUACUGGUUUGACUUUGACUUUGUUUAACUUGCCCAUGAAUUCAAAAUUAAGACUGAGGAUCACCAGUCGUAAUUACAGAGAUGCAAAAUGAAAAUAAUAAAUUUUAAUUGUAUAGCAUCUAUGUCACCUUGACUAUCCAUAGUUUCCCUAAAACCAAAUGAUUUCUAAUUAUGAUUGAUGAUCCUUUUACGUUAAGCUUCCAUGAUAUAUGACAGAACCUGUAAAAGGGGACUACUGCAGAGCUGCUCAAAACAUGAGAAAGGUCAGUUUAAGGCUUUGGUCUAGGGAUCUUAUAUAUCACAAAAAUUAUACAUGAUUACUCAUGAAUGAGUUUUUUGCAAGUGUUACACAUGGUUUUUCCCCAUUGCAGCUUGCAAAGUUGUACAUCGAUCAGAGGUGGACAAAUCCUCUGAUGUUUUCAUUGGAAUGGCUUUGUUUCCUCAAGUUUUUCUCACCUAAAUCAGAAUAUUUGGGAAAUGUCCUAAGCCAAGUUGAAUGGUUGAGAUUUUCCUUUUGGCUAUCUGCUGCCUCCAAGCCAUCCCUGUUCUCCCCCAGAGUACCCUCUCCACCUUCUCAUUUCCUUAUCUUCAAACGAGACAUAGGGAAAGUGUUGGCAGUCAUGAGAGCAAUGAAAGAUUUUUUUUCUUCCUCCAUUUUUUUAUCCUUUGAGCCCCCACAAUCUUGAUAAUGAUUACAAGACAAUUGCACUGCUUAGCUCAUCAGGUGCACAAGAGAAAAGGGGAGAGGGGUAGAAUAAACUUCAUUCUCUGACCCCUUGAAAGUAAAGUGAAAUGUGAGGAAGGUGCUUUGGGGGCUGCUGAGGAUAAGAGGGGGAAGAAAACUAGGAGAACUUUUCCAGCCUGGUUAUUGGAAGGUAUCAGAAAGGUGCAGUGAGGUUCUGCUGAAGGCUGAGAUGAACUUCCAUGAAAUCUCUAAUAUAGACCUUUAAACACUUAUUUAGGGAAGCAUUAAUAUUUUUUAAAAAGAGUAUGUUAUUUUUGUUAAAAGUCCAGGGACCAAAAUAUGUUAGCACUCAAACAUUAAUUUUAUAUCAUUUAAAUGAGAAUUCAAAACAAUAUCUGUUCUGUUUGUGUGAUACUGAUUCAAUCAGUUAUUGUUAUUUUUCACACAGGAGUGAUUUUAUUGAUGUGGGAUUUUAUACAGUUUUUUUUUUUACCAUUAAAGUUGUGUUUUAGAUCAUGGACAUAUUUUCAGACUGCUUAUAAGAUGUAUGGUGUAAACAGUAGCAAGUCUUAUUUCAAGAAGACUCAGCUAUACUUUCUUGAAUAUUGGAACUUGCUGUUAUGUGCCGUCAAGUCACUUCUGACUCUAUGAAUGAGCACUCUCCAAAAUGUCCUGUCCUCAGUCACCCUGC